AUGAAUGACUAUACACAUGUUGUUCCUCAUGUACUUAGUUUACAUACAUAUUUAUCACCGACAUUUUGUGAUUUAUGUGGACAAUUUUUAUUUGGUCUUUAUAAACAAGGAAUGAAAUGUGAAGGUUGUGGCCGGAAUUUUCAUAAACGAUGUGUAUCAGAUUUAAUAGACAAUUGUAAUUCUAUGGGUAGAAAAAUGUCGGAUGUGGCAUUACCACAUGAUGAUGAUACAACUUGUAUUUCAAAACAGUUAACAUUAAGUGGUGCUGAAUUACCAGCAGCAUUACCUCAUUGUUUUUAUGUACACAGUUAUCGAUCACCAACAAAAUGUUAUAUAUGUAAACGUUUAUUAAAAGGUUUAGUUAAACAAGGUUAUCGUUGUAAAGAUUGUAAAAUGAAUGUGCAUAAGAAAUGUAUACCUAAUGCACCGAAGAAUUGUCGAGGAGUAUUAACGCCACAUAUGUCAGCUGAUGAUGAUGAUGUAUCACGUGACACAACAGAUGAGUCAGUUGCUAGUGGACGAUUCCGUGAUUUAUCAUCCUCACCUAUUAAUGUUCCUGAUAAUGAUGAAGAUGAAUAUUCAUCAACACCAUCAUUAUUUUUACGUCAUGGUAAUAUUCGUGCUCAACGACUUGUUCAAAGUAUACGACGUGUUAAAAAAGCAAGUGGUGGUGCAUUAUUUUGGGAAGGUUGGAUGGUAUAUACAAUAGAAAAAGAACCAUUAAAUGAAAAAAGAUAUUAUUGGCGUGUUGAUGCUUCAUCUAUAACAAUGUAUUUAAAUGAAGCAACAAAUAAAUUUUCACGUGAAAUUGCUUUAGAUAAAGUUAUAUUACAAUUAAAUACAAAUCAAGAUAAAUUACAUUAUUUUGAAAUUCGUACUGAUCAAAAUAUUUAUUAUUGUGGAUAUAAACGAACAAAAACACGAAAAUUUGAUAUUUCACAUUCAUCACAACAAGCAAGAAAUGCAUAUACACAAAUUCGUCAAGCAUUAUUAGCUUAUAAUAAUGAAGGAAAUGAAAUCAAAAGUUUAUUUACAAUUGGUACAUCAAAAUCACAAAAUCGAGAUAUUAAUGAAUUAUUUAAAAUUAACCCCGUUGAAGUUCUUGGUAGUGGACAAUUUGGAACAGUUUAUGGAGGUCAUUCAAUAGAAACGAAUGAACAAGUAGCAAUUAAAGUAAUUGAUAAAUCACGCUUUAGUGAACAAGAAGAAAAAAUUCAUCGUGAAGUUGAUAUUCUACAUGAAAUAAUUCAUCCAGGUGUUAUUAAAUUACACGCUAUGUUUGAUACACCAGGAAAGUUUUAUUUAGUAAUGGAAAAAUUACAUUCGGAUAUGCUUGAAAUGAUUCUAAGUCAACCAGUCAAACGUCUCAAUGAACGACAAACAAAAUUUUUGAUUUAUCAAGUACUUGUUGCACUAAGAUAUUUACAUAGUAAAUCUAUUGUACAUUGUGACUUGAAACCAGAAAAUGUUCUUUUGGCACAAGUACAGGAUUUUCCCCAAACAAAACUAUGUGAUUUUGGUUUUGCACGUAUUAUUGGAGAAAAAUCAUUUCGACGAUCAAUUGUUGGUACACCAGCAUAUUUACCACCGGAAGCAUUAAAACCGGAGAUCCGUUUAGAAAGAGGAUAUAAUCGAUCAUUAGAUAUGUGGUCUUGUGGUGUUAUUAUCUAUGUUUCCUUAAGUGGAACAUUUCCAUUUAAUGAAGAUGAAGAAAUUGAAGAUCAAAUUCGUAAUGCAAAUUUUAUGUUUCCAUCAAAUACAUGGCAAGAUAUAUCGAAAGAAGCUAUUGAUCUGAUCUCUCACCAUUUGCUUCAAGUCAACGCUGGACAUCGACUUGCUGUUGCGAAUGCACUUAAACAUCCUUUUUUUGAGGAUUAUCAAUUAUAUUGUGAUUUACGUAAAUUGGAAGAAUCAUCAUCGUAUGAACGUUGGUUAACAUUGCCCGAAGAUGAUGAUAAAUGGGAACAGUAUGCAAGAGAAAAUGGUUUUAAUAAAAAAUCUUUUACAGGUUAA